AUGCUCUUUUUUAUCAGUGGUAAGAUCGAGGAGAUCACCUUGCCGGAGCCGGUAGAUAUUAUCAUAUCCGAACCGAUGGGCUAUAUGCUUUACAAUGAACGUAUGUUAGAGACUUACGUACAUGCACGCAAGUUCCUUUCACCACAUUUGAGACAACCGGCCCAUACAAGACGCUCACUGAGCAGGCCUAAGAAUGCUGAGAAAAACUGCAAUGAAGAUGGGCUCUCUGACAACAAUCAGGUCUCGGAUGAAAUUUCCAACUCAUCGGAUGUGGAGACUUCAGAGGAAGACAAUGGCGGGGCGAUGCAUCUGGCUGACGGUGAGAUACCUCCUGAUGGAAAUAUCAGGCGUUCUAAUCGCGCCCUUCUUUCUCCCGGCAUAAUGUUCCCUACAGUGGCGAAUCUGUACAUUGUGCCGUUCAGCGACGAUGCUCUUUUUGCCGAACAGUUCGCCAGGGCGAACUUUUGGUACCAGCAGAACUUCCAUGGUAUGGAUCUGACUGCCUUGCGAAAUGCUGCUCUUGCGGAAUACUUCAACCAACCAAUAGUGGACACCUUCGACAUUGGCCUGUGCCCCGCUGUGCCCUGUGUACAUAAAGUUGACUUCCGCACUGUAACUGAAACGCAGCUUGCUUCGAUUGACAUUCCACUUCACUUUCAGAUCUCUACCUCAUCCACUAUCCACGGUUUGGCGUUCUGGUUUGAUGUUGGAUUCCUCGGAUCCCAGCGCGAAGUAUGGCUAUCCACUGCACCGACGGAACCUCUAACUCAUUGGUACCAGGUUCGGUGCCUUCUUGGAACACCGCUCUUCGUACAAGAGGGACAGGUCUUAAAUGGCCAUGUUGCCAUGCGUGCGAACACACGGCAGUCUUACGACGUGCGGAUAGAAUUAAUUGUUCCAGGAUGCCAGACAAAGAUAACCAACACUCUUGAUCUGAAAAACCCUCACUUCCGAUAUAACGGCUACCCUCCUGCUCCCCCUCCCGGUUCCCAUAAUCGCUCUCCAACUGAAGUUUAUUAUUCCAACCUAUGCUUUCAACAACAGCAACAAACACAGCAGCAGAGCCUACCUGCCAAUUGGGCAGUUCCCAUGACAGGCAAUCUCUCUAUCCCUGGAGGCAACACGAACCUUUCUACACCUGGUGGCCCUUUGUUUGCCCUAGCUCCAAAUGGACCAAACUCCGCCCAUGCGACGAUGUUCGCACUACCAAACGCAGCUAUCUCGAACGAACAGCAAUCAAUGCAGCUGUCCCCACAAUCAUUAAAUCCGUUGAUCGCACCGGUGACCGCAAACUCUUCAAUUCUCCCAUCUUCACAGCCUCCACAUGUCGCACCUGUAGCCUGUAAUCCAGGGCUUGUAUCAUCCGUGUUCUUCAACCCUUCCAAUCCACUAAUUUCGGCCGUGGACGAUAUUGGUUCUAGCAAUAUCCUUGCUCAUGCUGCAAAUGGAUGGCGCUUAGGUGCUUUCCCCACUGAGUAAAUCUACUUCGAUGGUGACGUUAAACUUCAGAAACUUCUCCUACUCGAUGUACGCCUACCCAAGCAAUUAUUUCGGCACACUUUUAAAUGCAAUGCUCUUCUUGUCCACUGUGUUUUUCAUCCGUUGGGCCAUUUGCCUUUCGCGUCUCAUACUUGCCCUCCUAGCUACGAAGCAUACUUUUACGCUUUAUUGUAUACCCAUCCUCCUUCCCAAUGGAUUUGUCAUUUUCGGCUUUUGAUCGGUUUCGAAGAAAAAUCGUGAUCCCUACUUAUGUUAUGUGGUAAAUAUUGACCGAUGAAAAACAAGUGGUUCAUUGAAACGAUUUUCUAACAUACCCUCACAAAGUGUUGUAAGUCUGCAAUCUCCUACAUUCAUCAUAAAAAUGAUCCCGG